AUGUAUCGGCAGUGCAUUGCACGGCUUGCCCGGCACAAUGGGGGGCUCUUCUUGGCUGAGCUCCCUCCUCCAUAUCUGGCGCCUUCGCUCCACUUCUCUCCGCCUUGCUCCAUACAAUCCUCAAGCUUUUCUUCGACUGCCGUCGCCGCCAGCCGUCGUGGACGCGACUUGAACCGAACGCGCGCCGUAUCAGCCAUCCACCGAACGGGUCCGAGAUUCAAACUCAGCGUAUCCAAGUACCCAUUGCCUAAGCCCGUGUCGGCGGAAUCGAUGGAGUCCCGGCCUAUGAAUCCUGACCAUGGACUCUGGGGCUUCUUCCCUCCCACGCGUGAGCCAUUGAGCACCCCGGAAUACGACAUUGAUUUUGGCCGCCCCUGGGCCGUUCAAGAACUCCGCCAAAAGAGUUGGGAAGAGCUUCACCGGCUCUGGUGGGUUUGUGUCAAGGAACGCAACCGCAUUGCCACGUCUGACUUGGAACGGCGGCGAUUCAAGCCCGGUUUUGGUGACCACGAAUCUGGCGAGCGCGAUCAAGCGAUUCGAAUUACCCAGAAGUCCAUCAAGCAUGUUCUGCGUGAGCGCUGGUAUGCUUGGGAGGAGGCCAAGCGAUUGUAUGAAAAAGGAGUCCGCCCGAAGGUCGAGGACUACCUGGAGGAUGGUACACCCUGA